AUGUGGCAAUUACUUGAGCAGCGCACUGAUGGGCUGGAAAUUGCCUUUGAGCGCUGCAAAAAUUGGUCUAAAUAUGCCUCUCAAUUGCUUUCCUUUGCACGUGCCAGACUUUCAUUAGAACAAGAAUAUAGCCAAAGAUUACUUAAAAUGUCAGACCAACAAUUAGGCCCUCUAACAAAUCAACAAAUAGAAAACCAAUUUUCUUCGUUAGAUCAAAAAAUGCCUUUAUCUCUUUUAUUUGGACAAUUAAUGGAGAAUACUAAACAAUUUGCAAGUAGGGCUGAUUCUACUGUACAGCAAUUACAACAAAGAUUUAUUGAGAGCUUAGAAAGUCGUCAAAAAGAACACAAUAUAAGAAGAAGAAAGCUUAAAGUUGAAUAUGCAAAACAGCGAAAACAAAUGGAGACAUGCGUCGAAGAACUUCGAAGAGCUCGACAAACACAUACAAAUAAAGGAGAACAAUAUUUACGUGCUCGGGAAGUAACAAUUCGUCAAGAACGUGAAUGUCAUCAAAUAUUGCCAAUAAAUACACAAAAACAACAAAAUUUAUUAAUUCGGAAUAGUGAAGGAAAUAGCAGUUUGGGGCAACAACAAAUAUUUCAAAAAAGGCGUAAAGAAGUAGAAAAACGUAGAAAAGUUGAAGAAGAAGCUUUAAACAGAAAAGAAGAUGCUGAACAAGAAGUUUGUAGAUUAGAGAGGGAAUUGGAUGGAUAUAGAGCUAAAUUAAAUGAAUUGAGGGGAAUUGCCAACCUUUGGGCUCCUGUUCCUCAAGAACUGGAAAGACUCGCUGAUGUGGCAAGGACCAGCCAACCGGGUCAAGAAUUUAUGUCCUUCCUUCAACAACAAUCUAAUUCUUUACUUACUUCAAAUGUGUCAACAACAUCAAAUGGGCAAUGUAAAAUGAUUGACUCUUCUAAUUGUUCAAAUAUUCCUUUUUGCUCCUCUGAUUCCGGCUCUUCUCCCCACCAACGUCCAACAACACUUUUAGCUACACAAAAAGGAAGUAGUACAACAACAAGUAUUGCUUCAGCCUGUUCAUCUUCAAUUCCUUCUCCAAAUAGAGCUGUUCAACGAAGAAAUGCUUUGGCAGCAGCCGAAGAACAUUUACUUGUUACUGAGGCCCAACAAAAACGUAGAACAGCUAGUAAAACUUCAAUGGCUAAACUUUUUGACAUUCAAUCAUCCUCUUCUUCCUCUCCAUCAGCAGCAGUUAACAAUAUUUUAGCUUCUUCCUCUUCUUCUGGUGGAAAACAAAAUUUUUCUAAUUUAUAUUCGGAAGCAGCACGUACUCAUAAAUUACAAAGAACUAGACAAGUAGCUAAAUGUGCACAGUGUGAACAUUUAUUACUUUUUGAUGCUUUAAAAUGUCAAUGUUGUGCCUUAGUUUGGCAUCGUAAAUGUUUGCCUAAUGUCCAAAUUCGUUGUGGUCCAAAUAUGAGAAAAUUUGAUGAACAAAAUGAUGGAAAAGAUUUAAAUUUGAGAAGAACAAGUAUUUUUGGUGUUCCUUUAAAUAUACAUUUGGGUGAACAGAAAAGACAAAUUCCAUUAAUUUUAGAAAAAUGUUUGGAUGAAUUACAAAGGAGAGGGAUGUGUUGUAAGGGUUUAUAUCGUACAUGUGGUGUUAAAAGUAAAGUUGAAGAAAUUUGUGUUCAAUUUGAACAAAACACAAAUGAUUCGCCUGUUGAUUUAAGUAAUGUACAUCCUAUGAAUAUUGCUUCCGUAGUUAAACUUUAUUUACGUCGAUUACCAGAACCGUUACUUUCAUAUGAAUUAUAUACAGAAUGGUUAAGUGUUGAAAUAUAUUUAAAAGAGGGGGAAAACGAAGAAGAAAAUAAUUUAAUAAAAAAUAAAUUAGAAGAUAAGGAAGUAGAUGAGAAUUAUUUAAAAUUAAUUAAUUUAUUAAAACAACUUGUUAAAAAAUUGCCAAUUCCAAAUAUGCAAACACUCCGAUUUUUGGCAUUACAUUUAAAUAGAGUUACUUGGUUUGAAUUACAAAAUUUAAUGACUGCAUCAAAUUUAGCAGCAGUUAUUGCCCCUUCACUUCUUUGGCAACGUUUACCUCUCCCUAAUGCUGUUGUUGGAAGAGGAGGAAUUAAUUCUAAUAAUAAUCUUUCUCAAUCAACAAAUAAUAAUCAACAACAACAACAAUUUAUUAGCGAUGCCCAUCGUCAAAGCCGUGCAGUAGAAUUAAUUAUUAAAUACGCUUUUGAAAUAUUUGAUGAAGACCGCCGUUUAGAUUGGUGUAGAUUUUUUGCUGAUUAUCCAGGUGUAGCACAACCACAAAGAAGGCAUUCAUUAGCAGCAACGGCUGGGGCUUCUGAUUCUUCUUUGCCUCCACAAUCUGUCAGAAUGGGAAUUAAUAAUUCAAAUAGUGUUUAUCAUUCAACAUUGGAAUCAACAAUAUCUACAAAUAAUGAAGAUGAACAAAUUGAAGGUGAAGAGGAAGAAGAAGAAGGGGAAGAUGAUGAUGAUGAACUUUUAUUAGAUAAUGAAAUGGAAUUAUUAGUUAAUUGCCCAAAUGAUUUAAAUAAUAAACAAAAAAUUAUUUUUGGAAGAAGAAAAUCUUUGGGAACAACAAAUUCAACUAAUAAUAUUACUAAUGAAAAACAAAAAUUAAGUAGAUUGAAAACAUUGGGGACUGUUAUGGGGAAAAGUUUACCACUAGAAGAUACAAAUCCACCAACAACUAACCAACAACAACAAUUUUUUAUUCAAAAUAACAAUUUAAAAUAUCAAUUUCAAUCCCCUUCUACAGCCCCAUCUCAAAGACGUUUAAAUUUCCAAGCACAUAAACAACGCUCAUUUACUACCUCAAUUUUAGUUUCCCCGCUUUCUAUUAGACGAAAUGAAAAUAUUAAUAAUAAUAACAAUUAUUAUUUAAAAAUGAAUAGUGAAAAUUUGGAGAAAAUGGAUAUGAAAAUAAAAAAUAAUAAUUCUAAUCAAAAUCAACGAAAGUUACUUUCACAUAAAUCUAUGGAUGAAAGUUUUGUUCAACAACAAAAUGGACAACAUUCUGAUCUUGGUAGAAGAGCUACACUUCGCUCUGGCGAAGUUACUGUUCAACUUGGAAAAGUAAUUUAA